AUGGAGACAUUUCCGCUAAUAAAAGCUCAAAAUACAGUUUUAAAUGACAGAGAAGGUUUUCAAAGACUGGAAUUGCCUUCAAGAUCACUUAAUGUUGUUACAAAUCAUCCAUCCUUACCGUUGCGUCAAAGACCUUUGCCUGCGUCGUUUUGGCAAGAACCUAACCGACAAGUUUUACCUAGACCAGAGGAAAUAUUUCCAAUGUGUGUUGAUCCUCUUCUCCAGAGAUCCUUCAUGGAUCAAAUGUUAGCCUACAAACUCUAUAUGGAUAGUUUGCAGAUACCGCCAAUAUCGCCGUUAUCGUCGCCUUAUCCGUUCACAGAGUUCCUGUACGGACUAAAGCACCGGACUAGUAUUCCACCGAAUAAAGUACCUCCCCCUUUUCCCGACAUCCGCCCUCCAUUUAUUCAACCAAACGGACAUUUAGAACUACCAACGACUAAGGACACAUCUGUUAGUGUCGUGAAACCCAUUGCCACAAAAUCACAGUCGUUAUCUAGGCCGGGACAUCGUUAUCAUCCUUUCUUACCACCCAAAUAA